AUGUCUAGUAUAAGUGAAAGUCAAUUAAAUAACGAAGUUUCAACCCUCAAUAAUUCCAAUGAGGAAUAUGGUGUUCGAUCAACAGCCAAGAAAAUAAGGGCUCCAGGAAGCAGAAUAGUCAGGGUCGCACAAGCGUGUGAUAGAUGUCGAGCCAAAAAAACUAAAUGUGAUGGAGGUAACCCAUGUUCUACUUGCUCGGCAGUGGGGAUGAAAUGUAUCGUUUCCGAUAAACUCAGUAGAAAAGCAUUUCCAAAAGGAUAUACAGAGACCCUAGAAGAGCGGGUGAGACAUUUGGAAGCUGAGAAUAAAAAGCUAACGGGCCUUUUGGACUUGCGUGGAGAGCAGCUCGAGAUUCUUAAUACACAAGCAAGACUGUCUGUUGCAUCUGGAGCAAUCACUACUGAAUCCACCUCACAUAAUACAAAUAAUCAAGCGAGUAGUUUACCGAACAAUACUCAGGGUGAGAGAAUAACUGCAUCCAAUCUUCAUCUUCUUGAUCAACAAAAUGCUAUGCAUCUUCAUAUGCACGAUCACGAGAACGGGUGCUCAUGCGGUUGUGCACUUCCCAAUGCUGUCCAUGACCGACCAGUAUCAGUCGCGGGUUCCUUAUAUGGUGCAGGACCCGUUUCCAUUGCGAGUUCCGUUAGAUUGAGCGAUGAUGAGUAUGAUUAUGAUCAUAGUGGCUAUAAUGGUCAUAAUUUCAAUGAUGAUGAUGAUGAUGAUGAUUACGAUUACGAUGAUGACUAUAACAGCUUGGCAAGUGUAGACGAUAUGCCACAUCGCUUUGCUCCAAACCAAAAAUAUGAACAUAAACAGGAACACGAACAUGAACAUGAACAUGAACAUGAACAUGGCAAAGUACGAAUAAGAAAUCAUUUUGCAUCAAAUUCUACAAAUAAAGAAGCUAGUCCAGCACCAGGUGCGUUUGCCGCAGCAACCGCUAUUGCACAAAUGCAAAUGAACAAGUCUUUUCAGCAACAACAACAGAAACUUGAAAGAGAGACGAACAAGCAACGCAUGUUGACAUCUUUGGUGGCAACUUCGAUGCCUCGCAGUACCGAGGAAACGCUUUGUGUUCCAACGCUUUUAGCGCGGGUAUGCCAAGCUUAUGGUUAUGACUCGCAACCAUCGAUAUUAGCAGCAAAUACUUUAGCAUCUUUGAAAGAGCAAAAUGGAACUGUUAAUUUAGUGUCCACGGAUCUAGAUAUUCAGGAAAGGCUUUUCAAAAUGAUUAUGAAUCGAGAUAAAAUUAGUAGUUUACCUGAUGCCGAGGCAAUUGUGUUUUUAAGGGAGCUAAUUGGAUUCCCUGUAUCAAGGCUAGACUUUGAUCAGCUUUUGACGAUUUAUUUUCAAAGUUGGGGUAACACAUUGCCUAUACUUGACAAGACGCAUUUUCUCGGUAAUUAUGUGAAUAUAUUGCACAUUCUAGAGUUUGGAAUUAUACCAAGCGAUUUGAAAAAAGGUAGCUUUGAGCUGAUUGAAAAAGUUGGUGCUCUACUAGUCUUAGCCUUGAGUUUAGGUUUUUUGGCAAAUAAGAAUAACUACCUCGUUCAUGAUAACGCUAACUUUUAUAUUUCACUAAUGAAACGCUAUGACCAUUUGAUCCAUGAGUUCAUCAAGCCCAAUUGCCUCAUUACCAAAAUAUGUUCAAUUCAAUCGUUGCAGAUCUUAUCUUUGGCACUUCAAUACUGUCUUGCAAUUGGUGACUUGUCCACUUGCUACGAAUUGAGAGGCAGAGUUAUCAGCAUGGCUCAACAAUUACGAUUGCACAGGUGUCCCGCUGCAGUUUUGGCUGUCAAUACAAGUAACGAGGGAAAUUUCACUUUACAAAAUUUCAUGCAAGCAGAGAGAAGAAUCUUGUUUUGGUGUGUUUAUUGCCUUGAUACAUACUCAUCGUUAAAUUUGGGUGUGCCUCGACUAAUGAAAGAUUUUGAGAUUGAAUGUGCUAUGCCAUUCUCUGGAAAGCAUAGUGACAUUGACAAGGAAGGUGAUGAAGUUGACCUUAACAACGAUAAACAAAAUCAUGAUCAUAAUCAUAAUCAUAAUCAUAAUAAUAAUAAUAGUAAUGAUGACAAUGACAAUGACAAUGAUAAUGUGAACAUCUUGAUCAUUAAUAAUACCAAACUUUCGAUUGUUGGAAAAGUGUCAAGAAUGGCACUUAGUGUGAUGUUGUUUUGUAAAGUUUUGGCCAAUAUUUUGGAUUCCAUCUACUCAAGAUUCAAUCAUAGUGAUACCUUACACAAAGAUAGGAUGCUUGAAUCUUGGCGAAGAGAAUUACCUGCUGACUUCCGAUUCGAAUUGGAUACCAAUGGUCUCACGCUCAAAUUGCCAGAGAACUUGCACAUAGAUGGCCAAUUGUGGGACCAUUUAACCUCGCAGCAAUUAACCUUGGUUUAUUUAUAUUAUCAUGCCAAAAUUUUGAUCCAUUUACCAAUUAUCUCAAAACACGGCAACCACCACAAUGUUGGAUUAUCACAAAAAGAGCAAUUAAUGAAAGGAGAAAGUGAUGCCGCCAGUAUAGUUGCCACCAUGAGCGUAAUUCAACAGUCGUCACACCAGAUCCUUGAAGUGAUUAAAGCCUACACUAAAAAGGUUUCUUCACCUAUAUUACCUAUCCCAAUCAAUGUGGCACGCGAACAAGCCUUAUUAACACUCCUUGUAGCAAAAGGAACAUUGGACUAUAUUAAAGGUGGGCAUUUGUAUAACAGUCUGAAACAGUUGGUGUUGGACUCGGUCGCUGGGUUAGCAGGUGAAGCCAAGUUUAUCUUGCCUGGAACUUUAACUCGAAAUGCAUGUAAGCUUUUGGAGUUAACCACGCUUAGCAUUCUUGGAGUUAAUUUGAACAAAUUUCAGAAUGGAUUGAAGAAGAAGACGACGGCAUUGGGUACUCCAAUAUCCAAACCAGCUGUUAAGAGAGAGCCGAAGCUGUUAAGAUCUAAAGAAAAUGUUUCGUUAAAUUUUUCCGGCCCCAAAUUGGUCAACAAUAAUAGCUUCAAUAAGAAUCACAAUAGUAACAAUACUAUGAAACAAGAAGAGGUCAUCAUCAGUGCCAUAAACCAGCCAAGCACAAAUAGUUCAGCAGAAAACCAAAUAGGUGUCAAUAUGGAACUACUGGAUCAAACUUUAAAUCUUGAUGAUAUGGAUAGUUUGGAGAGUCUUCUUAGAUUUGAUCCAUUUAGCAUCACUCCAAACAACCAAAUGUAUAUGAAUGAAUAUGUCACUGAUGGUUCGUUGGGGUUGGUGCCAUUUUUAGAGAUGCCAGGUCCCGAAGUCUUUGAUUCGAAUCCGAACCUGGAGCAAACUUCUUUUCAAAAUUAUAGCAACCUAUAG